AUGAAUAGUUUCAUUAGUGAGGACUCUGACUACUACUAUGAGAAUAACAACAAUGACAACAUUAACAUUAACGAGAGAGUUGAGCCAUAUUCUUCAUCCUUAUCUUUACCACUUCACACAUUCCCAUCUUCAACAAUAUCAUUAGUUUCCAAUCCUCGAGAUUUUCUUGAAGAAGAAAUAUCAACAAUAUUAAUCAAUAGUGAUUCAUCUGAAUGUAACGAGAAUUUCCUGAUUUUCAUCAAAUGUAUUUUAGAUAAUGUAUAUAAUACCAGUAAUAAGGAUAAAUCGUCAUCGUCAACAACAUUACCUUCAUCAUCAUCAUAUGAAGAGAUUUCUUAUUAUUCAUUGAAAUUAUUGACAUCAAAUUUAUUUAUCAAGAAUUUCCAAUUUUGUGUGGGGAAAAUAUUAGCAUUUUUAAAAAUGUUUACCCAGAUUACUCAAACAUGGCUAGAAGAAAAAGAAGAAGUCAAUGAUCAAAGCUCUUGUGUGAAAUAUGAAUCUGAAUGUUUAAAAGAGUUUUUAUGUAUAACUUUAUUGUUGUUAUUGAAAAUUAAGAAUAGUGAAGAUGAAAGUACCCUUGAUGGGAAUGACUCAAUAAUAUCUUCAGAUAGUGCAUCAACAAAUGCCACCACCACUACUACUGAUGGAUUGAAACUAAUUGAAGUUGAUUAUUUAUUUCAAACUUUAAGACAAUAUCAUAUGAUGUCAAUAAUGUCUGAAUUUAUAAAUACAGAAAUAAUGGCAAUUGAUAAACAUAAAUCAAAAUUUGUCAUUUUAAAAUUUAGCUGUGAUAUAAUCUUUGAAUAUUUCUAUCGAGUAGAAAUAUUAUCUGAUAUAGAGUUAAGUGAAUUGAUCAAUGAUAGUAAUAACAACAAGAAUUUGAUAUCUACAUUGGUUCAAUAUUUACUACAUAAUGAAAACUUUAAUAAUUAUGAUUUAGACGCCGAUGAUUUCAAUAAUGAGGAUAAAUUAAUAGCUUAUGAAGAAUUGAAACUAUUGUUAUUAAUUAAUGAACAAUUUUUAAUGAAAUCUUUUAAUACUAACAAUAAGAAUUUAGUAUUUGAUGAAUUAAUGAUGGGGAAUAUAACCAAUGGGAAUUUAAAUAACAUUACAGGGUUUAUUAAUUUGUUAAUUUAUCAUUUAAAUCGAGAAGAAUCUCAUAUUAUUAAAAUAUUAAUACUUAAAUUUUUAUAUUUGGUAUUCACAUCAUCCUCAACAUGUAAAUUGAUAUAUUUAAAUGAUUUAAAAAUUCUUAUUGAUAUUUUGUUAAGAGAAUUGAAUGAUUUGGAUUAUAAUGAAAAUAUUGUUUUAACAAUGACUUAUCUUCGAGUGUUGUAUCCAAUUUUGAUGUUUUCUGAACUUUGUGAAAUUAAUGGGAAUAGAAACAGGAAUGGUUAUGGACAUGGAUAUAAAAGUCAAGAAAUUCUAGAAACACUACGGAAUAUAAUUAUUAAUUCAGAAAUAAAAUCAGUUGAAACGGAGGAAGAAUUGAGUAUUUCUAAAUUAGCAGUUAAAUGUAUGAAUGUUAAAUGGCUAAAGAAACUGGUCCAAAAUCAGGAUUCCAAACAAGGUAUGGUUAUUCCAAGUACAAAAUCUACUACCACUAAAUCACUACCAACUCAAAAUUCCAACAGUCCUGAAGAAGAAGACGAGGAAGAUGAGAAAAUCAAAUUAAAUGAAGAGAUUAAUACUUCUAAGGAAUCCUUAACCAAUUCAUUUACUAGAGUUGCAUCCGUUAGAGCAUCUUCAAGAAGUGAUUAUCAUAAACAUACAACUGUUCAUAAUAUAGAAAGAAAAAAUAGUAUGAAAUCGUCAUCAACCAACAGCAAAACUAAUAAUUCCAAUGAUCAUGAUGAUUCAAAUGAUAUGAUAAUGGAAAAUAAUGGGAAUAUAUUUUUAUCCAAAUUUUCUAAAAUGUCAAUCAAUGAUAAUAGUAAUCGUGGUAGCCGACAACUUACGAAUAAUACAUCAAUGUCAGAUUCAUUAUUGUAUAAUUCAAGAAAAAACACUCAAUCAGAACGUACCAACAACAACAACAACAGCAAUCAAAACAAUCGUGACAAUCAUAACAUUCUUGAUUUACCUACAGAAUAUUUAAUUUCUAAACCAUUACCAAAAUUACCUAUCCCUGAAAAAAGGCAAAAUAUGAUGAUUUAUGAUAAUAACAAAAAUUCUUCAACUUCAUCAUUAAAUUCUAAUUCUUCAUUAAAGCAAAAGGCAUUAAAGAAAAAAGCUCCACCUCCACCACCUCCUCCUCCAAGAAGGCGGAAAUGA